AUGUUCGCCAACGCCUUGAAAUCGAUAGGCGCCUCCAGCAAUAUCAACACCAACUAUUCGAUUUCCUCCACUUUGACAGCCACCGCUGGGCCAUGGAAGAUCUAUUCGGCGAAACGAAAGGCCACGGGCAAAGAAUAUUCCGUCUUUGUAUUCGAUAAAAAGACCCUCGAUGCAGGAAACAAUGGUUUGGGAGGGAGACAGUCGGCUUCGUCGCAAAAGAGAGUGGUGGAGGAGGUGGUGGAAAGGCUGAAGAAGGAGGCAUCAUCUCUGGCGAGGCUACGACAUCCGGGAGUGCUAGAAUUGGUCGAACCGGUCGAAGAAACGAGGGGAGGAGGACUGCAAUUUGUCGCCGAGCCUGUGACGGCCUCGCUCUCGGGUCUUUUGCAAGAAAAGGAUGACCAGGAACGGGGCGGAGGGUUUGGAGGCAGGUCGAGCCGAUAUGUUACCGAGGACGCGAACGGCACACGGCGACGGCGAGAGCUCGAGAUUGACGAACUAGAAAUCCAAAAGGGUCUGCUGCAAGUCAGUAAGGCACUGGAGUUCUUGCACGACAACGCCGGGCUAGUACAUGGAAAUCUGACGCCGGAUGCCAUUUUAGUCAAUGCAAAAUCGGAUUGGAAGCUGAGCGGCCUGGCGUUCUGCAGCCCCCCAGAGCCAUCAACGAUCCCCACGACUAUUCAACCGAUCAUCCUGGGCGAGGUCUUGAAUCCAGAUCCUAGAAUACCAAGGACUGUACAGCUGAAUCUGGAUUACGCAUCGCCAGAUUUCGUCCUGGAUAACAACCUGACGACCUUUGCCGAUAUGUUUUCUCUGGGCCUGCUCUGUAUCGCCUUGUACAACUCCCCACACCGGUCGCCAAUCGAGUGCAAUACCAGUAUCUCAGCUUAUAAGCGGGUGUUCCAAUCGUCACAAAGCGUCCCAACCGCUACCAACAACUACCUGUCCUCCCGGCCAUUACCCAAGGAACUCGGCCAACAUGUGCUACCCAGACUGCUUACACGCCGGCCGGCCCAACGCAUGACAGCGAAGGAGUUCCAAGAGAGCGAAUACUUCAACAACGUCCUCAUCUCUACCAUCCGCUUCCUCGAGGGCUUCCCCGCCAAGACGCCCAAUGAGAAGCAGCAAUUCCUGAGAGGGCUGAUCAAAGUCCUUCCGAACUUUCCAAAGUCUGUCAUGGAAAAGAAGCUUUUACCGGCCCUCCUGGAGGAGCUGAAGGAUAAGGAGCUGAUAUCGUUGAUCCUCCACAACGCCUUCAAGAUUAUCGGUCUUCUUCCAGCGGGGAGGAGGGCUUUCAACGAAAAAGUCAGACCCAAAUUGAAGGAAAUCUUUGUUACCAACGCCAAACAACCUCAGGAAAAGGAUGCCAAUCGUGAUGCCGGUUUGAUGAUUGUCAUCGAGCAGCUGUCUGUUAUAGCUAGCAACUGCAAUGGGAAGGAGUUCAAGGAUGGUAAGUACCUCUUAUUUUAUCAUUUUAAGGCCCUAUUUGGCACCCCAAACGCCUCAUCACUCUCUUUAUGUGCCUUGCCAUUAUCUGUGAAGGCCUUCCAACAUGGCUGA